GACUGCUUUUGCCCGAACUGGCAACGCAGCACCGUGACGUCAGCGCUGGGUGCGGUAGCUUGGCCCAAACCUCCGCGCUGCGUAUUUACGGUUCAAUUCUGGCAGAGAAGACUGGCGGGAAGUGUGCAGUGAGUGUUCUCUCCUCCGCUACAACAAAACAGAUAGAAUCGUCCACAAUGGAAGCAGUUAAGGGCACUAAGGAGACAACGGCUGUGGGCAUCGGUGCCCUUCUGGACGCCGGGGACUGCGCCAUGGUGAUCUUGGUGGCCGGCGACACGCGGCUGGUGGUGCACAGAGCAGUCCUGGCAGACAGGAGCCCCAUGUUCGCUGCUAUGUUCAGGCAUGACACGCUGGAGGCCAGCAGCGGUAAGGUGAACAUUGAGGACGUAGGGGGGGCAGUGCUGCGCGAGUUGGUCUCGUACCUGUACACCCUGCAGGUCCCCCAGCUGCCCGGCAUGGCCCAGCACCUGCUGGUUGCAGCAGACAAGUACGGCGUGUCGAGGCUGAAGGCAGAGUGCGAGCGGCAGGUGGCCGCUCAGCUGACUGUCGAGACCGCGGCGGCCGCAGCUGUCCUCGCAGUCCGCCACUCCUGCAGUGACCUCAGGCACGCUACACUGGCGUUCAUUAAGACCUGUCCGUUCGAGGUGAUGGCCACUCAGGGGUGGGCAGAUGCGAUGCUCAAUCAGCCUAAAGACUUGAUUCAAGUCUGUCAAUUGCUUAAUGAUCCACCACCACAAACCAGUGUACCAGCUGCUACAUCGCUGAGGCCCACCACCACCACCACUACUGCUGCUGGUGCACCUUGCCAGUCUCCUGCCACGGCUGUGCUGCCCACAUAUCCUCCACUUGAUGAAGCCACUGUCUCUCAGAUGCGGAGCAUCUCUGCAGAGGAGAGAGAUGACAGGCUGUUCAGGGCAGCUGAUGGAGGGGCGGUGGAGGAGGUGAGGGUGCUGCUCGCCGCGGGUGCCAACGUCGAGGCAAGAGAGGGCGGGUGCGGGUGGGAGGGAACCCCCCUGCACUGUGCCGCACAGGAGGGACAUGUGGAGGUGGCGAGGUGCCUUCUGGACGCCGGUGCAGUGGUGGACGCCAGGGACGAGGACCAGCGCACACCUAUGCACUUUGCUGCAGAGAACGGCCACACGCUUGUUGUGCAGAUGCUGCUAGAGGCCUCCGCCGACCCCAACGCCACAGAUCUCACUGGGCGGACACCACUUCUCUGGGCGGCAUCGAGGGACCACACAGAUGUGGCGGCUUUGCUGCUCGCAGCAGGGGCUGAGAGAGGGAGCAGAACUGUUAAUGGGCGCACAGCCCUACAUUUCGCCAGGGGGAACAACAACAGAAGGCUCGUGGAGAUGCUGUCCUGAGCCAGCCCAGCAAUCUGCUUUGCAAUAAAACUCUUAUAACUCUUC